AGAAGAGUUGAAAUGGAACGCACUCGAGUCAAAACCAAACCAAACCUCUCCUUUUCAUCCCCUUCUCGGCUCUUCUUCUCACUGCCUCCACAGAGAAAAGCUCACUCUUUUUCCUCUUCUUCUCCUCCUCCUCUGUUUUCCUUGUAGAGCUUUGUUCUCUUGUUUUGGUGGUAGAACACCAUAGCUCAGCACCAGCAGAGUAAGAAUAAUCUCUCCGGAAUUCCGAAUGGAUUUCGCCUGCCAUAGCUUAUAAAGCCGGAAAUAAGCCUCCUUUACCCGUCUCUGCCCCUUCUGUGGUUGUUGGGAUCAUUUGAAAUGGGGAACAGGGGGGAUCCCAAGUGGUUUCUCUUCAUGCAUACAUGGUGUUCGUUGUUGUACUUCUUCCUCUUCUUCUUUCUCAUACCUAGCAAUUCUCAGAGCCAGACCUGCAAUUCUGGCGAUUUGGAUGCUUUGCGGGGCUUCUCGAGUGGCCUCGACGCAGGGAUCCAAGGCUGGAGCUUUGAUUCUUCUCCCAUCGACUGCUGCACCUGGGCCGGCGUUUUGUGUGACUGGCCGACGGGUUCGGAAAGACGGGUGAUCGGAUUGGAUCUCCAGAACAAGAGCUUGAAGGGCUCCUUGUCUGGUUCUUUGGCUGGUUUGGAUCACCUGAGAUGGCUUAAUCUUUCUUAUAAUUCUCUUAAAGGCCUUGUUCCCUUGGAGCUGUUCCAGCACCACCGGCUGGAGCACCUUGAUCUCAGCGAAAAUGACCUAUCCGGCUCCAUUCCGCUGGAUGUUUACCUUCCUUCGAUUCGGGUUUUCAACAUUUCUUACAAUAUGUUCAACGGCAGCCACCCGAUUCUCUCUGGGUCGGCGAAUCUUGAACAAUUUGAUAUCAGUUUCAAUUUGUUUGUUGGUCAAAUCAACACGAGCAUCUGUAAUUCUUCCACCCGAAUUCGAGUCCUUCGGUUUUCGAUGAACGCCUUCACCGGCGACUUCCCGGUGGGUUUCGGUAAUUGCAAUUUUCUUGAUGAGCUCUCCCUUUAUAUGAAUGAUAUUACUGGGAAUUUGCCUGAAGAUUUGUUCAAGCUGUCAUCUUUGAAGAGCUUAUACAUUCAGGAGAACCGGCUAUUUGGUCGGAUGAGCACAAGAUUCAGUAAUCUCUCUAACCUUGCUCAGUUGGAUCUUUCCUUUAAUCUGUUUUCAGGAAACAUCCCAAAUGUUUUUGGUAGCCUCAAUAUGCUUGAGUAUUUUUGUGGUCAAUCUAACAAUUUCCAUGGCUCUUUACCUACUUCCUUAGCUAACUUGCCCAGUCUUAGAGUUCUUAAUUUAAGGAACAAUUCUCUGACUGGUCAUAUAACUCUCAAUUGCACAGCUAUGAUUAACCUGAGCUUGAUUGAUCUUGCUUCCAAUCUUCUCACUGGAACUAUUCCCUAUAAUAUGUCUCAGUGUGUGGAAUUGAAGACCUUGAAUCUUGCUAGAAAUAGUUUUACUGGUGAAAUUCCCAUCAGCUUCAAGAACCUUAGUUCACUGUCGCAUCUCUCACUAUCUAAUAACAGCAUCUCCAAUUUGCCCUUGGCAUUGGAAAUCCUACAGGAUUGCCCAAGCCUUAAUAGUCUUGUCCUCACUAAAAAUUUCUUUGAUGGUGAGAGGAUCCCAGAAGUUGGGAUUCAUGGUUUUCGGAAUAUAGAGGUUCUUGUCAUCGCAAACUGUGAUCUUUUGGGAUUGAUACCGCAGUGGUUGCUUAACUGCACAAAAUUGAAGGUUUUGGAUUUGUCAUGGAAUCGCUUGGAUGGGGCCAUCCCUUCGUGGAUAGGAUCUUAUGACCAUCUAUUUUACUUGGAUCUCUCUAACAAUUCAUUCACUGGAGAAAUCCCAGGUAAUUUGGCUCAGAUGAAGGGCCUUAUUUCUUCAAACAAUUCACAGCAGGGCCCCCCGAUGGAGGACUUUCCGUUCUUUAUUAAAAAGAAUAUAUCUGGGAAGGGAUUGCAGUAUAAUCAGGUCAGCAGCUUCCCUCCAUCCUUGAUUCUGUGUAAUAACAUGCUUGCUGGACCAAUCUUGCCAGGAUUUGGGGACCUCAAGCAGCUUCAUGUAUUGGACCUGAGCAAGAACAAGCUCUCAGGGACGAUACCGGAUGAGUUAUCAGGCAUGUCAAGCUUGGAGACUCUGGAUUUGUCACACAACAAUCUCACAGGAAGCAUUCCUUUUUCACUUACCAGGCUUAAUUUUCUAUCAAGUUUCAGUGUGGCUUACAACAAUUUGGUUGGGUCAAUCCCAACUGGAGGCCAGUUCUCGACCUUUUCAAGUACUGCCUUCGAUGGGAAUCCGGGUCUCUGCGGUCCUCAUUUACCAUCCUGCAAUCCUGAAGCUCCUAUACAGACAGUAAGCCAAGGACAAAAGAAUAAAGGUGUGAUCAUUGGGAUGGCUGUUGGAAUUGGACUGGGAACAGCUUUUCUUCUUGCUAUUAUCUAUUUAUUUGUGUCAAGAACUCAUUCCAUAAGGCAGGAAGAUACUGUAAAAGUGGUAGCAGAUGCCAAUGGAAACUUGGAAUCGGCAGCAUCUACAUUGGUUCUUCUGUUUCAGAACAAGGACAACAAAGAGCUGUGCAUCCGUGAUAUCUUGAAAUCUACCAACAACUUUGACCAAGCUAAUAUCAUUGGGUGCGGGGGCUUUGGUCUAGUUUACAAAGCAACUCUACCGGAAGGGAGCAGUGUUGCUAUCAAGCGGCUUUCCGGUGACUAUGGCCAGAUGGAGAAGGAAUUCCAAGCUGAGGUGCAAGCUCUUUCUAGAGCUCAGCACAGAAAUCUUGUUCUGCUUCAAGGAUACUGCAGGAUUGGAAGUGAUAGACUCUUAAUCUAUUCUUACAUGGAGAAUGGGAGCUUGGACUACUGGCUUCAUGAAAAGCAAGAUGGUGGAUCCACUCUAGAUUGGGAGAAAAGGCUUCAGAUAGCUCAGGGCUCAGCAAGGGGAUUGGCAUACUUGCACCAAUCAUGUCAGCCCCAUAUACUGCACCGUGACAUCAAGUCAAGUAACAUACUCCUUGAUGAGAACUUUGAAGCUCAUUUGGCGGAUUUCGGGCUUGCAAGGCUCAUUCUGCCGUCCGACACCCAUGUGACAACAGACCUGGUUGGGACUUUGGGCUACAUCCCCCCUGAAUAUGGUCAAUCCUCUGUUGCUACUUUCAAGGGUGACAUCUAUAGCUUUGGUGUUGUUCUUUCGGAGCUACUUACUGGUAAGAGACCAGUAGACAUGUGUAGACCAAAGGGUGGCAGGGAUUUAAUAUCUUGGGUGCUUCAGAUGAAAAAGGAGAAGAGGGAAAAUGAGGUGUUUGACCCCUUUAUAUAUGAUAAAGAGCAUGAUAGACAGAUGAAGCAGAUGCUUGAGAUUGCAUGUCUCUGCCUAAAUGACUCUCCUAAAUUGAGGCCAUUAUCCCAUCACCUGGUUGCAUGGCUGGAGAACAUUGGUCUGGAUGGCUGUAUGGCAAAAUGAGGAAGUCUUUCCUCUCUGUUAUGACAAAAUGUACAGUGUUUCUGGUUCCUUCCCUCAUUUGCACUCUCAAGCUUCAGUAUGUGAGAGUUGGGCCGGUUUCCAAACAUCAUCCCCAAAACAUAUAGAUCACUUGUACAUAACAUUUGCAUAUCAUCAGUUAGUGUUUUCUUCUCGAGCAAUUCCUUCUAUACAUAGAGAGGAGGUGAUGUCAUCAAAGGUAUAUACAUGCUACAAUGUAAGUUGCACUUUUUUCAUGAAUAAGACUUAGUUUCACACUUCUGUUGUAAAGGAUAAGUUGUAGAUUUUAUUUCUGUUGUAAUAAUUAUCUGAGCAGUCCUACUUGGAUUACCUUUCAAAGACAAUGGUAACAUUUAUAUUGCACAGUUAUUACAAGUUCUCAUCGACCA